ACCUUUAUCUGACAGCAUGUCUGCGGCUGAGCAUCAUCAUACACUAUUCGGAGUCCCCUCGCCUCUUUACGCACAAACACGUUCAAAUCUUUCCAGGUAAUAAAGGGCCACUUUGCGUCACAGCGGUUAUCACUUUUUAAAUUCAUUCAGAACACACGUUCAUCUCUGUAAAAGAAGAAGUGCGAGGAUCACGUGGUGGUGUUUGGAUAAGUGUGUGCGCUCGUACUCCACGUUGCCCAUCAUGAUCGUCAUCAAAAGAACACACGCGCUGCGCUGAAGAGCCGUCAUUAGCUCCACUCUGCUGUAAUUUCACUGAAUAUGGAUGGUUAGUGGACGUGUUCUCACAACAUUUAGAGAUAUGAUGCAUGCAACCACUGUUGCACAAAGCAUCAUGACCAGCAUGAACCAGAGUAGUCGGGCGUCCUGUGAAAUAUCCCAUGAGGCGGACCGCAUCCCGCUGAUGGUGCUCUACAUUGUGGUUUUUAUCAUUGGUCUGCCUGCCAACUUGGCCACCGUCUAUCUCACCCUCCACCAGGUGUGUCGUAAGAACGUCCUCGGGAUCUACCUGCUCAGCCUGUCCAUAUGCGACCUCACGUACCUCUUCACGCUGCCUAUGUGGACCGUUUAUGUAAGCCGAAACCAUGAGUGGCCAUGGUCCUCAUUGGCCUGCAAAAUAACAGGCUUUGUGUUCUUCAACAACAUGUACAUCAGCAUCUUUCUGCUCUGCUGCGUGUCCAUCGACCGCUACGUGGCGGUGGUCUACGCGAUAGAGUCUCGUGGUCUUCGGCAGAAACGUAUCGCGGCUUUUGUGUCGUUUUUGAUCUUCAUAGUGGUGGGCUUGGGUCACUCGCCUGUCUUCAUCAUGCGAGAAGGUCAAGUAGAAGAAGGGAGUCACCGCUGUUUUGAGCCAAGCCAGAGCACAACGUUGGUUACGGGGUUUAACUAUGCCAGAGUUUGCAUUGGAUUUUGUAUCCCGUUGGCCAUCUUGAUCUUCACCAACAGGGCCAUUCUUGCCAACGUUCAGGCCAGUACGGGCCUCCAACCCCAUCAGAAAGUCAAAGUGCGCUAUUUGGCUGUGGCGGUGGUGGCGUUGUUUUUGAUCUGUUUUGCUCCUUAUCACAUUAUCUUGCUAAUGCGUGCCGUCAUCUUCCACUUCCCCAAUCUUCAAGGCAAGUGUCACUUCGAACAGCACAUCUACACACCCUACAAAAUCUCAUUGGGACUGUCAACGUUCAACAGCGCCAUCAACCCCAUUCUCUACGUGCUCUCCAGCAACAACAUUCGUCAGGAGAUCAGACGAGGCAUAACGUCAGUGUGUGACAGAGUCCUCUCGAGUCAGCGCUCGACACACAGCAGCCAGCACAACAUGCACAGCUCCAGAAGCAAUUCAGAGCCCUUCCCGAUCAAGGGCGGUCAGAUGAGGACGGUUUGUCCGACAGCAUGAUCAAAUGGUAGAGUUGAACUUUUGGAUUGUUUGCUUGGUGUGACAGGGAGGACCAUCCUUGCAACGUUCAGGACAGUCAAUGUUGAGGAACGUUUCUUUUGAACAAUCUUGCAUUACUUGUUACAAAGUUGCUAAAAGUGGUACUAAAAUAGUGUGUUGCGUUACUUUUGCAUUACUUUUUCAUCUGCGCUAGCUUGCUUGUUAAUAAUGUUGUAACGAUACUUGCAUAUGGAAAGAAAAUUGAAAGCCCUUAUACACCAAACAUUGAUUAAACUAAGGCCCAAGGAAAUAUA